AUGGCCGAGAAUCGCGAUCGAUAUGGUAUGGGAGGCGAUCCAUCAAUUGCGCCGAGAGGAAAUGGAAAUGGUAGUGGGAAUGGUAAUGGAGGACGAGGAUAUAAUGGACGCGCGCCUCCAAAUUUAGGAUUUGGUAGAGGGGAGAGCUUGAUUCCGGGUCGCGGACGAAAUGAUGAGAGAUUUGAUUCUAGGCCCCCAAAUACGCCCAUGACACCUUACACACCUUAUACACCAGUAACUAUGGGAUAUGAUGGCGGGGAGAGCUCUAUUUCAGCCGGCACACCGAGACAAGAUCGGUAUUAUGGCGAGGAGAGUGCGCUCGGGGGGCGUCCAGCAGUAACACCGGGAACUGCAGGAUAUGAUGGUGGAGAAAGUUCCUUUAAUGUUGGCACACCACGGACCGAACGAUACGAUGGCCGGGAAAGUUAUAUCGAAGGGCGCACUCCCAGGACAGGAAGAUACGAGGCUGCUGAGAGCAUCAUGUCUAUUGACACGCCGCGAACUGAGCGAUUCGACCCUGGCAUAGAAAGUUCUAUCGCGCACCCGGACACGCCACGUACCGCUCAUUAUGAUACCACGGCAACCACCAUGUCGAUGGACCCAUCACGAACAGGACCAUAUGAUAAAGAUAAUACAAUCACGGUAGCAGAAUAUUAUGACCCGGAACGAGCGCGAGAACACGAACGACAAAUGAUGGAACGCGAGAAACUCGAAAGGGAACAAGGAAUGCGCCGACCUUCAGGAAUGGAAUACGGUCCGCCAUCUGCACAAUAUUUGAGUACAUCUGGAUCAUCUACCUCUUCAUACCUCGAUAUUUCUCGCAAUUUUCCCACAAUAGGGUUUGGUUUUAAGUCCUUCUUCUCGACCCCAUCCGAAAAGUCUGAUUCGAAGAGGAAGAAGGAGAAGAAGAAGAAAAGUAAGAAGUUGACGAAACAUAAUUCCUCAUCAAGUUCCUCUUUGAAUGAAGAUUUAGCUUUUGGAACGGGAUUUUUGAGAUACAGAAGAAAGAGGAGCGUGAGAGCCAGAGACGGAAGGGACAGACAAUGGGAAACUGUAGGAUAUAAGAGUAGCAAGGAAAAUUUGAAAGAUACUCGAUCUGCCAUUAGCGAGAGACCUACGAGCGCGAGACGACCAACUACCGAUGCUGAAAUUUUGGCUGUAGGUGCAGGACUAGCUAAACUUGCAAGAGACCAGAACAAAAAGGACCUCAAGAAUGCUAAGAAUGGGCGCGAUGUUCCCGAGACUGUCAUUUCCUCCAGUCGAGGAGAUGAUCGUGGCCUCCCACCUUCCAGAAUCAUUCCAUAUGAGACUGAUCCUAAUGAUGAUGAAAAUUGGGAAUCUGCCUCUGAUGGCGAAUCAGACUCAAGUGUUGAUUCUGGUUUGGCGUUUGGAAGUAGUGGCCAUGUAGGCAAGAGUCACGUCGGCUUUUUCGGACGUAAGAAAAUGCAUGAACCAAAGAGUCGAAAGAGUAGCGUGGUCGAUCCAAGACUUCUUGGGCCAGAAAAUUCCCUUAAUGGAUAUCUAUCAGAUAGGCCUGUUGGUUUUGAAGACGUACGCUGGGAGUCGGGUAGUGAUUUUGGUCAACAUACUUACACACCUUAUCAUCACGAAGAUAGGCAUGUGAGCGAUGUAUAUGUACAUGAAAAAGACAGGAUGGAUAGGACCCAAAGUGUUGCAAGUGACUCUCAGGCCUCUCUUCAACAAGUCUUUCCAGUUCCUACUAAUGAUCAUUUCCGAUUUGAGGCAGCACGAGUUUCUUCAUCGGAAUACAAGGCUCCUAGGCCAGCACCAGUUGUCAUUCAGCAACCUCAACCCAUCACUCCAGUUUCUCAGAGCGUUUACCAUGAACCUAAUUAUGUUCGCUCCGAAUCUGGAGGCAUUUUGAAGAGCUCUUCCGGUAGAUCUAAAUCUUUGGCUGGCGUGGCGUUGGCUGGAGUGGCCGCUGUAGGAGCUGUGAUUGCGUCCAAUCGUCGAGACGAGAAUGAGUACACUCGUGAUGAUGACAAAAGGGAUCACCGGAGCUAUAGUGAAAGCGCUGUCAGUCGACGAGAUAAAGAUCCGAAAGAAAAACGUGACGAUAAUGAUCAAUACUCUGUUGCUGACCGUAGCAUUACCAAACCUCGAGAGGAAGACAGGAGAGACGGCCGUAGAGCUAUCGAGAGUAUGGUCAGUCAACGGGAUGAUGACCGAAAAGAACAACGUCGCGAUGAGGAUCAAUACUCAAUCGCUGAUAGCAGUAUUUCCAAACCUCGAGAUGAUGAUCGGAAAGAGCAACAUCGUGAUUAUGACCAAUCUUCUAUUGCUGAUAGUAACCUCACAUGGGAUCAGAAGAGAGAGAAACGUCGCGAGGAGCGAAGAAAAGACGACUCCAAAAGCUCAACAUCUAGUUCUGAUCGCGAUCAGAAUCGAGACAAGAGUCGUGAUGAUCCCGAUGCUGCCACGCAGGAGCGAGAGAGAAGACGACGAGAGAGACGCGAAGAGCGUAGAGCACCCGAUCGCGCUGAAGAUAACUAUGAUGAGCGACGAGCCCACGUACUUUCAGAAAUAUCUGCAAUUACUCACGCACCCACAGACCCAUUCCUAUAUCAGGUUGCAGAUACACCUCCCCAUGAGGAGAGUUCUGGCCGACCCAAAGAAGAAUCUGUACCUUCUGUUGUUACCGUUGAACGUGAACCAGAUUUCACUCGAAAACGAAGCUCAUCUAUCAAGGAGCCAUCUUCCGUCGCCCGGUCCGAACCACGCAUUGAUGUUUCCGACAAAGAUGACAAGGAGAAACGAUACAGAGAUAGCGCCAGAGCUCUUCAUGAUGCCGAAAUGAUUUAUGAGGAAACUGAGCACUCCACGGCUCCUAUUGCAGCAGCAGCCAUUGCCGCCGCCGCCGCUGCUGUGGCAAGAGAAGGUCUUCGGGAAUCAAGAUCGGCGAAACGACGAGGCGAGAGACAAUCUGACCCCGAGAACUCAACCAAAGCCCCAGAGAAAUCACACGGGGACGUCAUGGAAGAAGCAGAUAGAGCUUAUCGUGAAAUUGUCAUGGCCAGGAAAGUUGCUGCAGAAGUUCGCCGUUCUCGAACCCCAUCGCCUGAGCGUUCUGUGAUCAACAAAUACGAAGAAGAGUCAGAGGAAGAAGCACCCCACAUUGUCACGCCACCUAGCAUGCAUGAACGCAAGAAAGGUCCGUACGAUGCACCGAAUGCCGACUUCAAGCUGGAUUAUAUCAUGACACCCAAAGAUUUGAGAGUCUACAGCAUCCCUGCCCUUCGAUACAAGGUUGAUCAAGCCGAUUUGAUGGGUCCAUUUAUGACCAAAGAUGCCGAUGCUAGAUUUUCCCGACCUCUGUUGAAUUUGAUUCGACCUACACCUACUUCAACACCAUCCCCCGAGAAGCAAUUUGCCACCGCCAAGAAUGGAAAUGGCAAGACUAUCAGCUCUAGUCGGCCAGACAAUCGCUCAAUGGAAAGAAGCCGUUCUGAACCUGAGCGUUCUUCGAAGACUAGUGAUAGAGAUGAAGUGCGUGAACAAACUUCUGCUCGAUCGCAAAUUGAGCCGACUCGGCCCAAAGAUAUAAAUCAGGGUCGCGAACAAGCCCCAUCAUACCGAUCGCAGGAUGAGCCUAGGAAAAGGACUCAGACUCGUGAACAGGCUCCAUCAUAUCGACCGCAAGAUGAGCCUAUGGAUAGAACUCAGACUCGUGAACAGGCUCCGUCAUAUCGAUCACAGGAUGAGCCUAGGGAAAGGGCUCAGACUCGUGAACAGGCUCCGUCAUAUCGACCACAAGAUAAGCCAACUCAGCCCAGAGAGAGAAUUCAGGAUCGGGAACAAACCUCAUCAUAUCGACCGCAAGAUGAGCCUAGGGAUAAAACUCAGGCCCGUGAGCAGACUCCAUUAUAUCGAUCAGAAGAGGAACCACGUGAUCAGGAUCGUCGAAAGCGCAGUACCAGAGAUAUUCCUCCUAUCGUUGUUGGUCCAAGAGGAGACCUCGUUCGCUCAUCUGAUGUUUCCGCUCCAUCCCCCACUCAAUCAACAGUCUCAAAAGCUGUUACCUGGGGUCCAAACGAGACAAAGCACUUCGAGGUUGAGAGUCCGACUGAACACAAGGAUGACUUCAUUUCCGAUUCAUUCCCAGAAGUUCCCGAAAAGCGAAGACAUUCCGAACCAAGGUCUGAGCCAAAUUCUGAACCAAUACCAGCAAGUGGAUGGGCUUCGAUGACAGCAGGUAUUCUUGGUGCAGGCGUUGGGGCAGCAGUAGCAGGCUCGGCUGAGUCUUCUAGGCAACCUGAGGUAAGUGAAAUCCCUAGAAGCUCGAAAUCAAAGGAUUUAGAGCGAGAUGAGAGGAAUUAUGGGUAUCGAGGUGUGGUCGUAGAGCCCGAGAGUCCUUACGGAGAAUCGAGACGUGAGAGUCCACCGAGAGAAACGAGAAGAGACAGCUUGCCUCAAGCAAUUAUUGAACCCGAAAAUCCUCGUAAAGAAUUAAGACGAGAGAGCCCGCCUCGAGACACGAGGAGAGAAAUUCUGCCCCAAGACACGAGAAGACACAGUCCACCUCAAGAUACCAGAAGAGAACGUCUACCGCAAAAUACGAGAAGAGACAGCCCACCUAGUAUUGGUCCAAAACCUGCCUCUUUACAAUCUUCACAUAUGCCUGGCUCUUUCGACGACGAUUUGGACUUCACUGCAACGGUGGCAGCUGGCUUGCAAGAUACUGGCUUCAAUCCUGAUCUUGUUAUCGAUAAUCUUGCGUUCCGAAAACGUGACUCCCCACCUGGAUCUAAUGAGUACAAAUACAAAACCCCAUGGGCAGAAUCUAUUACCGACCUUUCAAGCGUUCCGGGUGAAAGUUCUUCAAAUCGUGGUGUUGCUAUGGGUGAAGUGCCUGAACCUCCAAAGGAUUGGACGAGUACAUCGCCUGCCAACGAAGAAUCACCCAAGCUUACUAAGAAGGAACAGAGAAAGCGCGGCGACAAGGACUGGAGACGAAGUGGUGCCGGCGUAUCGUCGACGAUUGCUGAUGUUAUAGUUGAGGAGCCAGAAAGCUACUUUGAUUCUUCUACACAGAGCAGAGAGGAACAGGAAAGAGGUGACAAUGAGGUAGCAAGACCGCAAUCGCUUUUGCGAGAGGAGUCGUCAUUUGUUGAUAUUUCUCCAGCACACGAAUUAGUUGAAGAACCAGAGAGCUACGUUGAGGCUGAUGAAAUCCCCAAGAAGUUCAACAAGAAGUUAUCGAGAUCAUCGACAUACGAUGGUAAUGUUUUUGAUUCAUCUGUUUCAAUGCCGAAAAGAAACUCCGGCAAGCGCUCGUUAACUUACGAUGAUAAAGCUCCAUUGCGUGGAAGUCAUAGGACCUUUUCUUUGGAUGAUAUCAAAAAUGAUGAUGAAUCAAGAGCACCUGGAGAAUUCAAACGUGACAGUGGUCGAUUUGGUUCUCCCGAUCCUUCACAAAUCUCGUUACCUGAUUCUGAUAACAUUGAUGAAGAUCUCGAUCGGCCAAGAGAGCCGGAAAAACUAUCACGUCGGGACGAUGAUGAUCCACGAUUGGCUUCAUCUCGUUCAAUACUAUCUGGUGGCAGCUCAAAACUGGACGAGGAAGAUUCGCCGCGUAAAAAUCGAAAAGAUCGCAGCAGUACUAAGGAUGGCAAAGAUGGUAAAACUUUAGUAUCCUCGGAACCUAUCCGCGAUGAAAAUGAAGAUUCAAAGAAGAAGGCAAAGGGCACACCGAAAAAAGGUAGUGGCUUGUUUGGUUUCUUUGGAGGUGCAAAGACGGAUGCAACGAAAGGAGAUCUAGCGAAGGAAAUACGCGACGACACUGAUGAUGCCAAGAAGAAAAAGAAAAAACGAAGCUCAACGUCGGACGGAAUAUCUGGGGGUGCGCAAGAGUUUGGGAAAGAUGGAGAGAAGAAGAGGAGUAAAAGCUCGGAUUCGAAGAAGGAUUCUUUUUUAGAUAAUGCCGGCACCCUUGGCGCGGGUGUCGGCCUUGCUGCUGGUGCAAUUGCAAUUUCUGCUCAGCACCAACAGCAAACUGCCGCUAAUAAUAAUGAUAGCGAGGGGACUAGGGGGGAGAGUGGGGAGAGGGGAGAGAGGGGGGAGAGGGGGGAGCAGGACAGAGAGGAAGAGAUAUUCGAUCCAGAGAUUAUCGAACGACAAAUCAGACCCUCAAUUGACCCUCAAUAUGGAGAUCUUUUGCCUUUGCCGCCAAGUGGUUCAGUUUCACCUAAUUUUGAACCAAUUGAUGAUCUGCCAAAACUUCCAGAAAGUCGGCCCGCGACACCGGUAUCUGAGAAACGAUCUGUAGGUACGCCUAGAGAGAAGACUUCGCGAAAUCGUAAGAGUUUGCAGGAGACUCCGGUAAAAUCCCCAAGCCAAAGCGCCGUGCCAUUAAAAUUUGUCAUGGGAAAUAGGUCCAAUCCGGCAUCACCUAUUCUAACGAGAUCAACUGGUAAUACGCCAUUUCCGGCUUUCCAACCUUCCCCAAUUGCAGAAUCAGCCAUAAUUGCAAGAUCUAGAUCACGACCUAUGUCCUGGGAUAAUACCAAGGAAUUCAAACCCCUGUAUCUUUUAGAGACUAACAGACGUGGGUCGUUCGUACCAGAAGAGCUAAUUGAGCCGCUCCCACAUUUGCCGCCAUCCCGCACAAAUUCAGAGCUUGACGUAGCGGAUCUACCCGAAUUGGGUUCUUUGGAAAAAUUGGAUCUUCACCGCCUUUCACUGGAUCCACUUUCAACCAACCUCCCCUCCGAAGAUCUCGUCUCCGGAGAAUCAACACCGACUGCGAUUACCUUUAAGAGGGACUUAGCGCCAUCAGUGGAGUUUCUUCAGGAUUCUUUCCCCUCAGUAGAAGAAAAGACAAUUUUACCUUCUAAUGUCCACUCACAUGAACGAUCCUCAUCGGAUUCAAAAGCCCAAGCCAUUGGUUCCGCAGUAAUUGUAACUGCGGCUGGCCUUGCUAUUGCAUCUCAUGAUACGAGCGGAAACGAUAAUUUCAUGUACUCAUCUGAGUCACAUGACUUAAGCGCCGAACGAGAGAAAACUUUGCAAACCUUAAGUGCAACUUUAUACAAACAAGCUAUGAGUAUUGAGGAGGAGGUCGAAUCGACCGAAGACUUUCCUCUGUCCAAAUCCAAGAAAAAUAAGAAGGGUAAAGGUUUGAUGCUCGCAUCAGAUGAUAUCAAUGAUCAAACCGAGAAUACUCCGGAGCCCAUUCAAGAAUUUGAGCCACUCUCCACUCCAAUUGAGGCCGAGCAUGUCGAGCCGGGCAAAGCUACAUUUCGGGAACCGGAAUCAGAACUCCAAUCUGAAACCCCUGGCCAAGAGGAUACACAGGAACUAAAACCCGACGAUUUUUCAAGUGAACAACAUACCGUGACCGAACCGAGCAGAGAUCUUUUCGAGGAGGUAGCUAUACCUAUUGAGAUUGAACCAGUCGAAGAGUUCUCCGCUCCGAAAUCUAAGAAGAACAAGAGAAAGGUUAAAAACGCUCUGUUUUUCGAGCCAGAACUGGAGACGGAAACUGUAGACAACCUAGAGACUUUCAAACCUAUGGAUGGAUCCACUUCAGCUGACAAGUCAGUUGACCAACAGCAACAGCAAGUGCCGGAGUCUAGUCACGACAUUGUUGAGGAAUCUUUGCCUUCAGUCGAGAUUGACCCAGUUGAGGAAUUCUCUGUGCCAAAAUUUAAGAAGGAUAAGAAGAAAGAUAAGAAGCAGGCAACGACUGCCGGCUCUAAACCGCAUGAACUUACUCCUGAGCCAGUAGUUGAAACCACGACCGAAAGACCCAUACGAAAACCAUCAAUUGAAAAAUCGACAGAGCUUCCUCGCGGAUUUUCAGACCCAUCUUCUUCUUUGGUCAACCUAGAGGUCCAGCCUGUAAAUGAUUCUUCAAUCCUCGAAACACCUGGUGAUAUUACGCCUACCGCCUACGAAUUGACUAGCCCUAAAUCGAGGAAAGACACGAAAAAGUCCAAGAAAGCGAAAUCAAUCUUUCAUGAUCCAGAGCCGGAACAAGCUAUGAUCGAACCUAACUUCGAUGAGCCUGUAGUCUCUCAGUCUCAAGAAGUCACGAGAGAUAAUCCUUUGGAGUUCUCUCAAGCUUCAGUUAAAGAUGACAUUCAAAGACCUACGACUCCUGCCAAUGUCGAGCCGAUUGAGGAAUUUUCGACGCCGAAGUCCGGGAAAGAUAAGAAUAAUGACAAGCAACAGGCAAAGGAGGAACAAGAUAUGGAUACCGAACGUGAGUCAAUUGAUGCAGCAGCUCAAGAGCAGGUGCCCGAUAUACAAGAGAAAGAUUUUGUGCACAUUCCUAUUCUGGAAGAAACUCCGAAGCUGGAUGAUGUUCCUGAAAGCAUUACCUCCCCUUCCUCCAAAAAGAGCAAAACGAAGAGCAAAAAAGGUAAGGCUGCAGAUGUUGAGGAACCCGCGAAGCUACCAGUCGCUAGUCCUCUACCUAUACCAGAGACUGUAUCAGAAAAACCAACACCAAUGGUUGGGCCUGGUGGUUGGCCGGUAACUCCCGCCACGCCAUGGACUUCGGUCUCACGAGAUGCUUCCAAAUCGAAUGCUGAAAACUACUUCCCAGUUGUAGAAACUACAUCCCCAGAUAUUACCGCUGGAGCUGCCGUGCUUGGCGCGGAACAACUGAACAUCGACCAAAGUUCUCAGGACAAAAAUGUAUCGGAUAGCUUUGUUGCAGAAUAUGACAAUGAUCAAUUUGUCUUUGCGAAACAACCGCAGGAGGGAUUCACCGAUGGUGAUAAUCGAUCAAGAAAUGACAAGAAGAAGCGACAAAGUCAAACAAUAACCCCUGAGCGUUCUCGAUCAAGAUCGAAAUCAACCGAGAGAUCCAAUUUCGAACAUAACGAAAUUCCGAAUGAACCAUUGAAACCACAACAAGUGGCUGAGGAUAAUCCUAAGGGCCUUGUUGAGGGUGUUGCUAAACUUGAUGAGCUUCCCGCCGGCUAUGAAGAAGAUCAGCCAACUAUCGCUCGCCAAUUAGCUGUGGAAUUCGGAAACGAAUCCGGAACAGAUACGAAACAUCGAAGUGUCUCUCAAACACUACAAAAAGAACGAGGCCAAUUCUUCCACGCAACAGAGCAGAUUCCCGCAGACGAGCCUCAUAACGAAGAGAGGUCGAUUGUCACCGAGACUGGAGCUCAAAGUGGACUUGAUAUUAGUUACAAAGAUGAUCAGCCGGCACUUGCUAAACAAUUGAAGGAUGGAUUCGAAUCUGGUCCCAGUAAGGUCAAGAAAAGUGAUAAAGGAAAGGAGCGCGCCGGUCAAAACCAAGAUGAUGAACUUCCUUCUGAUAUCAGCCCCUCGGACAAUGUUGCCAAGAAUUUGAACGAGCAAGCAGAUGUACUUACCUCCCAGCUAGAGAUCAUCGAAGGUCCAACAAACAAAGCAGUAAUUGAGGAACCAAAGGAGCUGCCGCAAACUGAAGAUAAAUCCAAAGAUAAGUACAGGCAACAGCAGUCACUUGAUGAAAGUGCUCUUGGCAAUAACGUCAUCACUGAAUCGACUCCUUUGGAAGAGACAUUGAUCCUCACCCAGGCGCCAGAUACUGUUCAAGACUUACUUGUUGAUCCGAUUAUUACAGAGUCACCAAUGGUGGAAAAGAAACCCAUUGAUCCGGUUAUUACAGAGUCACAGAUGGUCGAAAGGGCACCCAUUGAUCCAACUAUCACAGAGCCAGAACCCGAGGUCUUGACACCAAGCAAGAAGUCUAAGAAGCAAAAGAAACGCGACAGUUUACCUGCAUCCAUACCUUCUGAAAAAUCCAAGACGCCUAAGGUUUUAGAGACAACAAAGCCUGUUGAUGUCCCUGAGCGAUUCGAAUCUGAAUAUUCAUAUCUUUUUGAGAAGGCUUACACCGCGGUUGAUCCUAAAGCCGAAUUGGGAACUCCUGAUAAAAAUCAAGACGGUUUGAUUGAACCAAUACCUCUGGAGGAGGAUUUUCUGUCUAGCAAUGUAGAUGAUGCGAACUCUGAGGAGGUCAAGUCUGAUGAAGCAAAAGCUUCUAAUAAUAAGCAAGAGAUUCCCGCCACACCUCUGGAGUCUCCUACUAUGGACCGUGAAAUCGAGUUCUCGACACCCCCUAAGAAGUCUAAGAAAGACAAAAAGAUGCGUGGCAAGCAAGUACAAGAUUCAAUUGAAGAGGAUGUUGCGUCCAAGGAUAUCACACCCGCAAGUGAAUCGUCAAAUAUCGAGACUCCAGUUGGAUUUCCAAGUUCUGCUCCUAUCGAACAAAUCAUCACUAUUCCCGCGAAAGAGUCAACUCCUAACGAUGCGCCAUCUACCCCAAUGACAGCAGGACUUUCUGGUCUUAUGGGUCCUCUGACAGGAAGAAAGAAGGGUGUUUUGGAAAUGGUUCAAGCUUUGGGAUGGGGUAAAAAGAAGGACAAGGCUGCUAUAGCUGCAGCUGAGAAAGACCUCCCUCCAAGACCAUCCACAGCACGCGCCGCGUCUGUAUCUUCUAUGCCAAAAGUAAUCGAGGCCGAACCUGUCGUGGCGCCAACACCCACCGAAAAACUUGAGGAAUGGGCUUUACCAAACAGAAACUCAACGGAAAAGUUGAAGGGUAAGGAUGUCGUGAGCGCAGAUCCUGAACCAGCACAAGAUAUAGUCGUCGAAGAACCUCUGCCAAUCGAGUCAAAGGAAGACACCACUGAACAAACUGUAGAACCACCAGUCACGAAACCGAUCGAGGAGGUACAAGACGACACAUCAUCUAAAAGACCAAAGGGCAAGAAACGCCACAGCUUACAAUCUUUCCUCUCCGGAGAAGCUUCCAAAGCAUUUAGAUUCAAAGACUCUGCAAACAAAGAACCAGAAACUCCGUCUCUGACGGCAGAACCAGCUUUCAACGAGCAAUCCCGCGAAAUUAUUUCUGAGCCAAAUCUCGAAACUCCGGUUGAAGAGAGAAAAGAACCUGACUCUGUACUCGAGGUCCCGACCAGAAAAUCGAAGAAAGACGAGAAGAAACGUCAAAGUCUGCAAUCUUUAGUAUCCGAGGAAAUGCCAAAGGAGGAGCUUGAUGUGUCAAGAGAUGCUUUUAUUGAGGAACCGAAGUCGCAAACUCCGGAAAACGGUAAGACAAUCGUUGAGAGUAGCAGCGAGCCUUUGGAAAUCCCACGUGAACUUGUGGAAGGUGUUCAAAGCCUUGAAGCACCAUUUGAGCAUGUUUCUGAGCCAAUUGUUGAGAGAUCGAUCGAGCCUGAGGAACUUCGUCGUGAGAUUGAUCAGGAAGAAGUUUCCGCGCCCCAAUUACAGCGUGAGCAUAUUUUGAUGCCAAUCGUCGAGAAAUCUAGCAAGCCGGAAGAAAUUUCUCGUGAGGUUGUCGAGGAGGAUGUCUCCGCACCACAGCGACAGCCACCACUUGAGCAAACGCCGAAGCCAAUUAUCGAGCAAGCUAGCGAGCCUUUGAAGAUUCUCCAUGAGAUUAUUCAGGAACAAGUUCUCACACCUGAGUAUAUCCCCGAGCCAAUCAUCGAGCGAUCAAGUGAGAUUACAGAAAUUCCACGUCAAACCAUUCAGGAGGCACCACUGGAGCAUAUUUCUGAACCAAUGAUUGAGCGAUUUGAUGAGUCUUCUGAAACACCUCGCGAGGUUAUCCAGGAGCAUGUUUCUGCGCCACAAGCACUGUUCGAACACGUUACCGAGUCACGUAACGAAGCUUCUUUGCCAAGCGAGCUUAAUCUCCGAGAAGCCACGAAGAGUAACGAGGAUGUUGAGCCAAGUAUGGUUGAUGAGUCAUCCAUGUCGAAGGAGACGAUACCGGAGGAUAUCAUGCCAUCUGUCGAAUAUGUCGAGCCAAGUGCAAUCCUUCAGGAGUCUUUCUUACCACAAGAGCCACUUCCCGAGAACAAUGUUGAAGUUAUCAAUACAAACACUGUUGAUGACCUUUCUUUACAAAGAGACGCUACCCCACAGGAGGACUCAAGAGAGAUUGAGAUUGUUGAGCCAAGUGAUAGUGUUGAAGGGUCUAUCUUACUACGAGAACCACUUCUUCAGGAAAGCAGUAAGGCUGUCGACCGGUCUUUGCCAACACAAGCUACCCCACAGGAAGAUUCAAGGGAUGCGGAAAGCUUUGAGCCAAGCCACACUGUUGAAGAGACUUUUGUACCCACAGCACCUGCAGAAAAAAUUCAGACAACCGAGCCAGUGUCAAGCGAAAUACCCAUUAUCGAGAAGCCGGAGACCCGAGACGAGACGAUUUUACCCGGUACUAAGAAGUCUAGGAAGAGCAAGAAAAACAAGAGCAAAGACAAAUCCGAAUCGGAGCCUCAGGCGUCAACUGAAGUCAUCCAGGAGCCUGAACAAACUCCUUUUGUCGAGGAACCAACCUUGGAGAAACGUUUUGAGACCGCACAAUCAACCAAUCGGGACAUUUUGGAGCAGCCUGCCGAACAAUUCACUGAGACGGUUGAGCCAACAAAUCACGAAGUCUUAGAGCCUGCAUCAGUGCCACUUCCAGAGGAUCUUGUUGACGAGUUCCUUGAACUUGACGAACCUGCAAAUGUCGACGUUAUAAUACCAUCUCUUGAGCAUGCUACAUCAAAUCCAAUUUCUGAAGAGACUAUCGUUAAUCCAGAGGUCGAGGAGCCCAAUAGUCGUGAGAACUCAGACUACUUGGAGCACGCUGCAUCGAUACCACUUCCCGAGGACACUUUCGAGAAACUUGCCGAGCAUAGCGAGCCCGAAAACAGUGGGGUUCUAGACCCACGUGUGCCAGCUUCAGAAAUCGUGGAGCAGACAAUUGAAAGCCCUUCUGCUGAUGUCGAGGUUCCUGCAAACCGAGAAAUUUCGGAGCCAGUCUCUCCAAACGUCGUGGAAAAGUCAGCCCAACAACCUGCGCCGAUUUCACCAAAAAGGUCCAGGAAAGACAAGAGGAAGAGUAAAUCUGCCAUAUCGAUGCCUUUAAUUGAGGACUCCUCUCUUUCUCUAAGCCCACUCCAUGAGACUGAAACAAGAGCUAUCGAACCCGUAUUGAAACAAGUGCCACAACUUCCAGACGUUCCAGUGACUGGACCUUUGAACGAAAUGAUCUUCAACGAACCACAAGCAAUCGAGGCCACUCCAGCAGAUUUCAAUCCAAAGACAGCACAAAAGGCUAUCGAAGCAGCGGAACUCAUCACAACCCCCAGCUUUCCAGAGACAACCGAGCCCAUUUUGCAAGACAACUUGCCUGAGCCACUCGAUGAAGUUCCGACCAAAAGGCCCAAGAAAGACAAGAAGAAGCGCAAGUCCCAGCUUCCAGUUCCAUUGGCAGAAGAUACCACUACUCAAGCUCCAUUGGAAUCCUCACCAACUCAACAGGCCGACGACAUACCGACUCAAGCAUCCCUUCAAGACCCCACAGAGUCAAUUCCAGUAGCCAAGCAAACAAUCACCGAAAGUAUCGUAAAUCCCACACUGAAAGAUGCUGAAGCCAAGCAAGCUAAUGCAAAAGCGACCUCCCAAAACCCUUCUGAAGAUCAACAGCCCAUCAAAUCCGUGUCCAAAGAUAUCACCGACUCACCAGAAACCAACUUUACAGAUGCUCCAAUCAAGGUAUCCAAAAACGGCAAAAAGAAGCGCAUAUCCCUCGUUACAAACCCAACAGAUGAGCCUCCCACGGAGAGCAUGUCAGAAAUAACCGAGACUUCCCAGUCAAUCGUUCAGCCUCCAGCAGAAGAAUUUCAUCAUGAUAUGGUACCUGAAGAGAUUAUCGAAGAGAUUGCGCCAGAACCAAUUACACUUCAAGAUCCUAUAUUUGAGCCAAAACCAGUGGAAGAAGAAAGCAGUACCCCUCAGAAGCCAGCAAUUGAGUCAAAAACAUCUGAACCACAAAUGAUUAUUCCUCAGGAACCAACUAUCGAGCCAGAAAUUGUAGAGGAAGCUUCUAUGCUGCAGGAAAUUAUUGCACCGCUUGAUUCUUCAAUCGAGUCAAGAACCACUAAUGAGGAUUCUUUUCUUUCACGGGAAACAGUUAUCAAGCCAGACACUGUGAAGGAGGAAGUUUUGAUACCGCAAAAUUCAAGAAUUGAGUCACGAAUCAAUGAGGAGCCAUUUCUUUCGAAGGAACCCAUCAUUGAGCCAGAAAUCACGAAGGAAGAAACUUUUAUCCCGGAUGAACCAAUAGUCGAGUCAACAACAUCUCAAACACAGCUGAACACCCCUCAGGAUCGAUUUGUCGAGCCAGAAAUGACAAAAGAAAGCUUUGUGCCGCAAGAAUCAACAAUCAGGUCAAGAAUCAAUGAGGAACGGCCAACUUUCCACCAAGAGCUACAAACCGCACCAAAAGUCUCCGAUCCCGGAGUUAGUCUUGCACAAGACUCGAUACAUGAACCAAUAAACAGCGAAGAACAACUGGUUAUCCGAAAACCAGUCCUGGAAGUCAAUAUUCCCGAGCCAGAACAAAUCGCCUUGCCAGAUUCCCCAAUUGAGCAGAAAUCAUUUAUCCUACAAGUGCCCUUUCGACAGGAGCCUGUGGUCGAGCCACAAUAUGUCGCUUUGCCAAAUUCGCCAAUUGAACAUAAAAAAUUCCAACCAGAAGUUCUUUCUCGACAGGAGCCUUUAUUUGAGCCGGAACAUAUCGCUUUGCCAGAAUCGCCAAUGGAGCAGAAAUCGUUUGAGCUAGGGGUGCCCUUUCUACAGGAGCCUGUGGUCGAGCCACAAUACAUCGCCUUGCCAGAGUCGCCAAUUGAACAUAAAGGAUUCCAACCGGAAGUACUUCUUAAGGAGCAUAAAUCAUUUGAGCUAGGUGUGCCUUUUCUACAGGAGCCUGUGGUUGAGCCGGUACCUAUCGACGCAUUACCAAAAUUACCAAUUGAGCAAAAUUAUUUUGAGUUAAAGAUGCCUUGUCUAAACAAGUCUGCAAUUGGGCCAGAGAAUAUUGAGGAAAUUCCUACUUUUCAAGAGCAUGCAACCCAUAUUCAAAGCCCAAACCUCGGAUUGGCUGUACCACGAGAAUUAUCCCUUGGUCAGAAGCUUGUUGGCCCAGAACAAAUUACUUUGCCAGAAUCACCAAUUGAGCAGGAAGUGUCUGUAUUAAAAGUCCCAUUUCAACAGGAACCUGUCUUUGAGUCACGUAAUUCCGAAGAACCGUUGGUUUCUCAAGAGCGCUCAACCGAUUCGAAACGCCCAGACUUAGAAUUGAUCGUUCCACACAGGUUCGCUGAGCCAGAACAAAUCGCCUUGCCGGAAUCACCGAUUGAAGACAAAGCAUUUGAGCCAGAAACCCCUUUCCGACAAGAGCCUAUAUUUGAGCCAAAAGAGCGCUCAACCGAUUCCAAGAACUCGGACCUAGAAUCGUUUGUUCCACGAGAAUUGCCCUCAGUACACAAGAUUGCCGAGCCAGAAGAAAUCGCCUUGUCGAAAUCACCGUUCGAACAGAAAGAAUUCCAACCAACAGUCCUCUUUCGACAGGAGCCUGUUGUCAAGUCAAACGAGCACUCGACCGAUUCCAAAAACUCGGACCUAGAAUCGAUUGUUCCACUAGAAUUACUCCUAGGACACAAAACAGCCGAGCCAGAAGAAAUCGCCUUGCCAGAAUCACCGAUUGAAGACAAAGCCUUCGAGCCAGAAAUCCCUUUUCGACAAGAGCCUAUAGCUGAGUCAAAGGAGCGCCCAAUCGACAAUACAUUACCUGACCCAGAACCAAGUGCAUCACAAAAAUUGCCACUUGAGCAGAAGGUUGCCGAGAGAGAAGCGGUCAUUCCACAGCACUCUACCGAGUCGACGAUUGCUGAAGAGUUGCCUGUUUUUCAUGAACGAGCUAUCGGUUCAAAAAUCUCUGAGCUAGAACCAACCAUUUCACGAGAAUUGCCAAUUGAGCAGAGUUUUAUCGAAGCUCAAGAGUUCAACGUCAAGGAGCCUGUCCUCGAGUCAAAAAACACGGAAGAAACAACGGCCCCACAGGAAUCAUCGCUGGAGUCAAAGAUACUGAAGCAAGAGACGACAAUUCCGCGCACCUUUUAUGAAGAAGCAAAUGACGACUUCGAACCCGUUUCUCACAAGAAAUCUAGAAAGGACAAGAAGAAAAGGAAAAAGAACCUAGACCUUUCGGAGACCUCCGAAGAGCCCAUAAAAUUUGCUUCCACUUCUCGAACGCCAGAACUUGAGAAUUCAGCGAUUGCGCCUGAGCCAACAUCACUUGAUCCCAUUAUUAUUGAACCUACGUCAAGCUCGCAACCAACCGUCUCCCAACAUUUUGAGCCAAUUGCAAGUGUCGAACCAAUCCUCUCACAUACUCUUGAGUCUACAUCAAUUACAGAGCCAAUCACCCACGAAAAAGCCACUAACCCUGCACUCAGGACGGAGCCCUUCACUUCAGAACUUGCGGAAUCCGUACAUAGCCAACCUCCAAUCGAAAGCCUCCCCAUUGAGACUGAGUCAGCACGAAGAAAUGAACAGGCUUGGCCUGCCGAGGAAUCUAAAGAGGACGAAAACAAGGGCGAGGGCGUCUUUAGGUCCAUAGAAGAGGCGUCUCAUGUUGCCCCUCAAGCCGAACAAUCGGAAAAGUCAUCAUUCGAAAUAAUGGAGUCUCAGUCAACGGAAGAUAAUGCAAAGGACCCUGUGCAAGAGGUUCUCGAAGAGACUCCUCAAGAUUCGUUUUCAGACGCUGUAGAAUAUUUCCCCACGGAAGAGAUUGCAACUGAACCAACUCCUGAGGUUUUACGAGAACUAAUCAUGACUUUGGAGCCCGGUUUACAAGAUAUUACUCAAAACUCUGCCGAGCAGUCUACCCCGGAGGUUAUCAAGUCCCUUCGAGAUGAAGAGUCUGCAACUAGCCCAAUCCCUGAGGCCGUACACCGCCAAAUCGAGAAUGUGAUCCCUGGCUCUGAAGAGAUUACACAGGAUGAGUUGAAGGCAAUGCCAGAAAUACCGCAAGUUAAUUUACAACGAGAGAUGUUGAUUGAGGAACGUACAAAAGAAGAGCACAGACCAGCAGAGGAUGAUGUCACUGAGGUCUCAACCAAGUACUUCAAGGAUACAAAAGAUCGUGAGUUUGGAUUUUCUUCACCGGUACAGUUUGUCCCCAAAAACACCCAAUUAGGAGUACCGGGUGUUGUGAAAUCAGUACCUGCACUCAAUGAAAUCAAGGCCAUGCCAACCGGAGAGAUGCCAAAGGAAGUUCAACAACAAACCGAGGACGAAUGGGGUUCGGUUUCUACUAAGAAAUCGAAAAAGGACAAGAAGAAACGUAAAUCUAUAUUGUCUACCCCAUUGAUUCCCGAGGUUCUCAAUGUUGCCACUGAGCUUCCUGAGGAUACUCUAUCAAACCCUGGAAAGCCUGAAGAGCUGCAUCCAACUAUUGACAACGACGUGCCUGAUACUCAUACAUCUUUCCAGAUUCCACAGGUUGAAACAAUCAUUCGCGGAGAUGAUCUUUUUAGUAUGCCAGACGACAAUAGAGGGAAGGAAAGGUCAAGCAGAGAAUUUGACCCAGAAUCACAAACCCCGAUCGCACCCAAUACCGUCGCGGUAUCCGAAACACAGGAUGUUAAGCCCGGCGAGCGUCUCUUUGCCCUUCCUAUUCCAAUGAGAAAUACCGUACAAACGUCUGAACCUAUCGUGGAACCAGAUACAAUUUUGCCCGCCCCCUUGUCCUCUUCACCCAAUUCCAUUAUCGAUGAGCCAGACAAACUAUCCAGUGAUUUAUCGCGAACGGGCUCAAAGCAAGAGAAGAGAAAACGUCAAAACACAGAGAACCUCGACACGCCCAGAGAUGACCAAAGGACCUUUUGGGCAGGUGAAGUUCCCGAGGCAGAAAUUAUUAGGCCUGUGCCAGUCAUCGAAGACAUCGGACGAGAUGAAUUUUAUUCUCAUAUUGCCAGCACAGUCGAGAAGCCCCAAACGAACGAAUUUUCUAGACCACCCGCCAAGAAAGGGAAGAAAGAUACGAAAAGAGAGUCGGCUCAUAUUGAACUUUUCCGACAACCAAUGGGAGAAGAUCUGUCACAAAAUGAGUCAAUGAAGGAGCGCAAGGAAAUGCCUUCUGUGGUAGCUGCGAAUGCUGCAAUCGUUAGUGCAGCAUUUGUGGCCAACAAAAGCAAGGAGCCAGGAGUUGAUCGUGUCAAGGAAGAGGAAAGCUCCCCAGUGGAGGGAUAUUUGGAGCAAGAAGAAAUAAGACAAAGCAUUGACAAUAGAGUGCUAGACAACGACGUAUUUGAUAAUUCAGUAAUAUGGGAAGAUAAAGAUCCGAAGGUGUUUGUGGAGACAAAGGAUGAGUUUGGAGAAAUCAAGAAUGAUGGAUAUGCUAGUGAUGGAUUUGAGGAGGAACAUACGAUUGUGCAAGAACCAGAGCAGAUGGCAAAUACUCAGGAACCGAUGAUAGAAAUGCCUGGCAAAUUUGCAGCAGCAGAACCUCGAGAGAUUAGAACCCCCACACCUCGCAGCCCCGUUGGUAUCGCAAAGUUUGUUCAGGAGCCAGAGCAAACGGGGAAAUCUCAGGAAUGGACUGCAGUUACUAAUACAUCUGCGAUAACGGAAGCUCGAGAGAUCCGAACCCCUAGAUCUCUCAGUCCCGUUCUCAACGAUGCAGAGUUUGUUCAAGAACCAGAGCAGAUGGAAACCACACAGGAGAAGGUCAUCGUCGAAACUCCUGCCGAGCCAGAGACGGCAAAACGUAAUAUUUUGCAUGAGCCAGAACAAAUGGAGACUGUCCAGGAAUCAAUAGUGCAAAUCCCUGUCGAGCCUAUGAUAGUGGAACGAAAAAUCGUCCAAGAACCAGAACAGAUGGAAAUCCCUCGAGAAUCAAUGGACCAAAUUCCUGCCAAGCCUUUGGUAAUGGAAGCCCGCGAAACUAGAACACCCACAACACCUCGCAAGAUUAUUUACGAUGACGACAGGCAUCUAGAGAGUGAAACUGUACCAGCUACUACGAGUAGCUCUCCAAGCCCGAGAAGGUCACCACCCGCAAGAGAACCACGAGGAGAUCUACCAGAGCCGUAUCUUUCUAGACCUUCAAGGAGAGAGAUGGAGAAGAAGAAGAAGCAGCAGGCUGAAGCUGACAAUACCCAAGAUCUUCUACCGACACCGAUUCAAGAAGCCUUACGAAACGUCAUCGCCAGUCCUCAAGCUAGAGAUAUCAGUCCUUCGCCAGUUUCAUCUCCGAAAGCCGAACGAGCUAAACGAGCUAGAUCCAGAUCUCGUCCCCCAUCUCGUCCUGGAACUCCUGGAUUAACAAUACUACAAGAGGAAUCAGAAGAAGAGCAUGCUCUCAAUGUAGACAAUAGAGACAGUGCGUUUGUCAGUGAUUCGCCAAAUCCUCAAGGAAACUUCACCGAAAAGCAUGAACACGUUCGUGACAGUGGGAUUCACCUAAGAGACAAUUCGCCUUCCAUGCGCGUUAGGGCUCCAGUGUCAUCGACCGAUGCAGCCAUUGAAAGCAUGGCAUGGCCUUCCGUGGAUGAAGAUGCCGGCACUGUUGACCUCAAGCAACCGCAACGAUUCAAGAUUGUGGAGCGACUAAAACGUCACGAUCAUGGAAUUGAUGAUCUGCCAUCUCAAAGACACAGAGAAGAAAAGCACACAGAUUUACAAAGGACAUCGGCAAUCCAUGGAGUGCACUCACCUCGCGAGGAAAAGCAUAGACUCGCUCGCAAAACAUCUUUAAGUCGUGGAGAACUAGCAGAAGCAAACCAUGUGGACUUCGUCCGAUCCCAACGGCUUAAGGCUUUUGAAACUAAAUCCAAAGAGAAAUUAUCUGAGCCUCAUCAAGCAGAACCAAUCAACAAAUUUGUGACCCCGGAGAGAGAACAUACAAGGCAUCGUGUCCACCGUUCCGAUUUACCAGACCUUCAGUACCGCAAACCAAAGGAGAAAAAAUAUGGAGAUCUUGAACCUGUCAAAACUCCAAAAACAGAACAGCGAAGUAUUUCUGAGAAUUCUCCAUCAUUAUUUGGAGGUGCAGCUCUCGCAGCGGCAGGCUUAGGAUUUGCAGAAGCCAGGAAAUCAAGUCAAGAAAAUCGACCUUCGAGUGCUCAAAGUCAUAAGAGACAAAAAUCAGCUUCAAAUAUCAGCGUUACUAGAUUACGAACGCCAGUUCCAUCAGAUGCGCCUCAACCGCCACAGUUCCCGGAUUGCGCUAAUACCAAUCGUUCGUUUACACCGCCACUCCGUCGUGUCGCCCGAAAAAUUAGUGGAGAUUUAAGAUCGCUUCGUCAGCAAAGUAACACUGAUCUCGCUAAGGAAAUUGUUCCAGCCUCUGUCGAUACCGCUACAUCCACAAUUUCAACUAAUACUGCCAAUCCGACUGCAAAUGAGGGUCGAGCCAGGGCGCAAGAAAUGGCCGACGUCUAUGAUGGUUACGGUGAAGGCCGUAUGGGCUCACCACGAUCCCCCACUCGACCUCAUAGUAUGCGACGACGACAGAGUAUGCAAGUCUUGGAGCUUGAAUCGAAACUUGAUCAAUUAGCUGCCGAAAAUCGCACACUCGCCGAAUCGAAAGCUCAUGCCGAACAUAUGCUGCGAUCGAGCCAAGGCGCACCUGCGGCCUUGGUAGAAAGGGAUGCACAAAUCGAUUUACUCAAACGAACACUAGCAUCAAUGCAAGAUGAGGUGAAGCGAUUGACGGAAGUAAACACGGGUCUUUCAAGCGCGGCUGUUACGCUAGGGCAACAAUAUAAUGCACGAUAUGGUACACUGGAAUCACAACAUGCACAGACUUCACGGGAACUUCAACAAGCCCUUGAAGCUCAUCACAACCUACAGAGUGAAGUGGAGGGCAUCAUACACAAUUCUAUACAAGAAAGAGACCAGGAAAUUGAAUCACUGCGAUCCCAAUUGGAUGCUGCUAAGGAACAAAUCCGGGCAAUGCAGAGGGAGAUUCUAGCAGCCAAAGCUAGUGACACUCAAUUCUUGAUCAUCCGGGAUGAAGAUUAUUUCGACAAUGCCUGUCAACAACUCUGCCAACAUGUGCAGCAAUGGGUACUUAGAUUUUCCAAGUUCUCCGACAUGAGAGCUUGUAGGCUCACGAGCGAAAUCAACAACGACAAGACCAUUGAUCGACUCGAUAAUGCAAUUUUAGAUGGGUCAGAUGUGGAUAGCUAUCUCGCAGAUAGAGUAAGGAGGAGAGACGUCUUCAUGUCAAUGACAAUGACAAUGGUGUGGGAAUUUAUAUUCACUCGCUACUUAUUUGGCAUGGACCGAGAGCAAAGACAAAAGCUCAAAUCUUUGGAGAAGGUAUUAUCUGAAGUUGGACCACCAUCAGCAGUUCAUCAAUGGCGUGCAACCACUUUGACCUUGUUAUCCAAACGAGAGUCAUUUGCAAGACAGAAAGACCAAGAUACUCUAGCUGUGGUGCAUGCUGUCUUGGAGACACUAACAGAGAUUUUACCUCCACCUAGUCACCUCGAAGGUCAAAUCGAGGAACAACUUAAGCGUGUCAUGAAGGCCGCUGUCGAUCUCUCAAUCGAAAUGCGCACCCAACGCGCAGAAUACAUGAUGCUUCCACCACUACAGCCCGAAUACGAUGCCAACGGCGAUCUCGCUAGUAAAGUGUCUUUCAACGCCGCACUCAUGAACGAACGUAGUGGGGAUACAAUCUCCAAUGAAGAACUCGAGGCACAAAAGGCUGUCGUGAGAGUUGUGCUUUUCCCACUUGUGGUGAAGAAGGGUGAUGAUUUAGGACAAGGCGAUGAGGAGAUCGUGGUAUGUCCUGCUCAGGUCUUGGUUGCCAAACCAAGGAUGGGAAAAGGGCCUGUGGGAAGGGUAUAUAGUCCUGCGAGUGGAAUGGAUAUGGAUAGGAGGAGUGAUAGGAGUAGAACUCCGGCUAGUAUGCAGAGCAGUAUGCCUGAUACUAAUGUUAUUUGA